ACAGAGGAGUGAAGCAAAGCCCUUCAGUCAGAGCCCUCGUCACCACAAAAAAACUGAAACUAAAUAUAGUUUAUUUUUAAUCCAUUAUUUGCUUAGUUAACUAAUAACUGUAUGAGUGGCGGUGGUGUGCGUCGAUGAGUUCACCUCGCUGUUUAACCAGCGAAGCAGCCAACAGACUAGUUAACACUGUUAGCCUGGCAGCUAAAGUUACAUUUGGGCAGCUGGUGUCUUUAGGUUAGCAUCCAUGAGGAAACCCAACUCCUGCUAAAAUGCUGUAAACAAGACCGACUAGCUUGUCUUAAGUUAGCUAGUUGGCCGCUUGUCUAAGGAAGAAUACAACAGAAUGACAGAGGAUGCCGUCUUGCUGAAUGUUCCUGUCAUUCGGCAGCUGUACCACUGGGACUGUGGGUUAGCCUGCUCCAGGAUGGUCCUGAAGUAUCUCCAUCCAGUCAGUGAUGAGGAGUUUCAGAGAGCAUGCUGGGAUCUAAAGCUGACGGAGAGUGUGUGGACUAUAGACCUGGCCUACCUCAUGUGCCAUCUAGGAAUCAAACACUGCUUUUGCACACAGACUCUGGGUGUUGAUAAGGGCUUUAGGAAUCAGUCCUUCUAUAAGAAGCAUUUUGACACAGAAGAAGACAGAGUGAAUGAGCUCUUCCUUAAAGCAGAGAGCAAAGGUGUGAUGGUGAAGAAAUGCUCAGUGACGGUUCAGGAAAUACAGUCCCAUCUGGAGCAGGGCCAUGUCGCCAUAGUGCUGGUCAACGCUGUUGUCUUGACAUGUGAACUCUGCUCCUCGCCUGUCAAAUACUGCUGCUUCCUGCCUGUGGGCCAGAAGUGUUUCUGCAGGAAGCCAGAGUACCAGGGUCACUUUGUGGUAGUGUGCGGCUUCAAUAGGACCACUGGCUGUGUGUUUUACAACAACCCUGCAUAUUCUGACCGUGUGUGCUGCACCAGCGUCAGUAACUUUGAGGAGGCUCGGCGGAGCUAUGGGACAGAUGAGGAUAUCCUGUUGAUCUUUAAGGAGAGUUGAUGUACAGCAAUGACGGGUUUGGAUUUCACUCUUCCUCCACUCAUCAUAGUAGAGAUCUGAUGCUGCAGGUCGACAGUCCCGGACUAGCGGCUCCACCUGUUGUCACAGAUCCCCUGGGCCAUCCUCUCCGGUGCUAAUAAGACCAACUGCUGAAAUGAAUGCUGCAGAUUCACCGCUCUUUUUCCCUCUUAUAUAGUCAGUACCACUUGACUCCUAAAGGAUUAAAAACUGGGGUUUUUAGUAAUCUAAGUAAUUUUAAUUUUUUUAUCCACUUGUUUUGGGGAUGAACAGAUGGUCUAAAUGGAUUUCAUCAUGUCUUUGUUAAAUUUAAAUUCUGAUAUUGGAGCUAUUGAUAUCUCAAAUUGUGAGUAUUUUAGACUUGUGAAACUACAGUGGAUGAAAUGUGGGAAUCAUGACAUAGAGUAGGAAUUACCCGGAAAUAGUGUGCACAUAAUUCAGGGCCAAUGAUGACAUCCAGUUUAUUUGUCCUGUUCAGUGUUGAAGUCUUUAAGAGGCUCAUCAGCAGCCACCAGCCUCACCUCCACUUGCCUUUUAGAAAAAUCCUCCUGACUCACCUCUGUCACUUUUUAUCCUGAUGAUUCUGUCAACGCGGAAUACAGGAAGUAGUUGUGUUUUGAGUGUCUCAGGUAAUUAAUGCCCUAAAGUGUGACAUGUGCAUUAAAUGACAACUAGUUCAAUGCAAUACCUCAUAGUUUGUCUGUGGGGCUCACUCUGCCUGCAGAAGAACAUGGACAGUGGACUGAUGUACUGAAACUUGAAGUCAUCAGUUUAAUUCACUUCACUGAGAAAAAAACAAAACAGUUCCUGUCGUGGUGUCGUGGCAACAUGCUGGAUUAACGGAUAAAUUGUAUGGAUGUUUUGACCAUGUGGCAGAACAAAGGUGUAAAUGUUGAAUCAUGUUCUCUGUUGAACAUGGUGAAACUAGGUUAUUUGCUCAUUGUCACUCUGUUUUGUUUUUUAAUUUUGGUAUUAUGUAUACAUUUUGCACUAUACUUUUCAAACCAGACAUAAUUAUGUGUUAUUUAAAUAAAAUCAAAAAUUACCAUGAAAUUGCUUUUCUGAAUUUAUGGAAAGUGAUUUCUUCCUGGUUGUGCUUUUUUGUAUGAACAAAUGGCACAUUUAAAACCACAAACUUUAUUUUUUAUUAAACAUAGAGCUGCAUUUAUUAUAUGUCGUGAAUAAAGGAUUUGAACAUA